CGCACAAAUAUGUUGACUUGUUCUAUUGUUCGCUAAUAGAUGACUAAAAGUUCCGUUCAUGGGCGGAAAAUGUGUAUGUAAACUUUACUUAUAAAACUGCUGUUUGUUGUGCAAUUAUUGCUACCAGCUAACUUCACUUGUUUGGAAGUUAUUGGUUUUUACAGACUCUCAUUCACAAUAUUAACAAUAUGAGAACCAUCAUGAUGUAUUCCAGUUUUCUGGUGAUCUGUUUAUUCGCAAUGUCAGAGCAGUGUGGAUGUCCAGCCCCUUAUACGCAGCAAAUAGUUUGUGGCAGCCCAAUAGUCGUUGAGGCUAAAAUUGAAUCAUUUUCAGAGAAUGAUUACGACAAAAAUUACCAAAUAUCCGUGACAAAGUUCUAUAAAGGGAAAGGAGUGUAUGAUACCUUGUCAAAUAAAACAACACUCGUGACACCAAAAGGAACUUCUAUGUGUGGACCUGUAGUUUUGAAUGUGGGAUCAAGCUAUAUUCUCUCAGUCUCUUUAUAUGGUGAGAAAAUGCAUCAUAACUUAUGUGAACUCCAAGUUGAGGUAUCCAGUGCAUCGAACAAAUUGUUAGAAGGCCUUGCAGGACAAUAUCAAGAGAACUGUGAUUGUGAGAUUCCAUCUAUGUACGAUCUUCCGCAUUUGGGAUCACGUUCCAACAAACAAUGUGGACACUCAUCAUGUACUGGUUGGGAUACCGUGUGUGCCAGAGAUGGUAAUGGUCAGUGCAAUUGGCAAACUUGUUAAAACAAUGAAAAAUGUGACUCAAAAUAUCUUUAUGUUUGUAAUACACUGUAAUAUUCUACUAUUAAAUAAAGAUACACCAUCA